AUGCCUGGCGGUGCGGCGGUGGCCGGCGCCGCGGGGCAACACGCUCCGCUACCGACGCAGCCGCGGGGGAACUUCAGGAAAGGAAUGCCAGUCGCGACGGCGACGGGUCAACCCUUACUGACGGGUGCGCCGAUGCAGCCGUUUGUGCCUUACCCGCACCCGCACCCCCACCCCGCGCCUCCCCAACCGGCUCUCCAGUAUCCUCACAUGGUGCGUAUGUACCAUCCGAGCGGCGCAAUGGGCGUGGGCGGGUCCGUCGGAGUGGGGGGCUCUGUGGGGGGAAUACGCGCCCCCCGCGGCCUCUCCUGCCGCCGCUUCGCCUGCGCUCUAUCCCCCGCCGUCGCCCGCGCACACUCCUCACCCGCACCAGCAUCAGCACCCCCAUCCACCGCAUCAUCACUAUCAGCAGCAGCCCUUCCAGUAUGUGCCGCAGGUGCUUUGCCCCCUGAUGGGGCCCGGCGCUGGGCCGCACCACCACCACCAUCACCACGUGGCGUACCUGAACCACGCGCCCCCGACCGCCUCGCCGCCCCACCAUCCCCACCAUCCACAUCACCACCCUGUGCAGCAAGUACUUCUACCGCCGCAGCAGCCGUCCGGGGGAUCGAGCACGCCCGGCGUUCACUCCACCCACCCGUAAAACGAGUUCGGCCGCACACCAGCGAGCCGGCCGCACAUCCGCAACACCCGCCCGACCACCCGACCGCCGUGCUAAGCGCGCCCGCCGUAUAG